GACUCUGUCUUAAGACUCACGUGAAUCAUGUCAUGCGCAUCAUCACAUGACACGUGAAAGUGAGUGUGUGAUCGUAUGCUGUUUGUUCGCGUAUGUGCGCACGCGAACGAGCGAGCAAAAGAGAGUGAAAAAGGUGCGCGCGCGAGUGAGAGAGAAUAUAUACUGUAUAGAAAGAGAGGGAAAGCGAGAGAGACAGGCGAGAGAUACAGGAAAAAUAACGAAAGCGCGCGUACGAAAGAGAGAGCGCGCGAGAGAGAGGAAGCGAGAGAGUAUUAUACAUAUUUGUAUUUCGUCUCGCGCCCUUACGUGUGUAACGGUAGCCAGCGAUGUGCGUUUCCGCUUAUUAAGCAGCAUCUGAACCGUAAGUGACCUCGACCGUGACCCUACCUGUCUACGGAGCCCGAAGUUCGUUAGUAAGGACGGGAGAAACUUGCCAGCCAGCGUGCUCAUGGCAAGAUCGAGCUCAGCCACGCGUGGUAACUCGUUGGCGGAACAUUGCGAGUGACGAUCGUGCUGCCAUAUAUUUGGAUAUUAAUACCAUAUAUUGUCCUGCUGAUGUUGUUAGCUCGCACGAUCUCUACCUCACUUCUGCGGCGGGAAAUCGUGUCGAAGCACAGCUGCAUGCAUGCAUGCAUACGUCAUCUGAGACGGCCAUCAGCUCUCGAGUCGUCCUGUCUGCACGCACGCGCCUGAUAGUCGAUCAGCUGUCGUUUAAAAACGGCCCGCGUCUGCCGGCGCGUGACGUCACGCUAGCGGGCAGCGACACGCGCUGGUGCGGGCGUAGUAGACACGUAACGUGACGACGACGACGACGACGACGACGACGACGGCGGCGGCAGCAGCUAGCCACGAUGCGUGUGCCGACGUGCGCCCUCCUGCUGCUGUGCACUCUGCACUGUCGGCACGCACCCAGCGUGCGUGCGCAGACGAGCUUCACGGACACGACGUUCCCGACGUCGACGACGGAGACGUCAGAUCUGACGACGGAGCAAAUCAGCCAUCCGCCGCCGAUCAAGAUCGUCGAGGAGACGGUGGAGACGGUGACGGUGAACACGGAAGAGGAGGAGACGACCGUCGGAGGAGGUCAGUGUGACGGACAGCUGCCCUACACGGAAUCAGACGCCGCAUACCUGGAGACGCUGAUAGCGAUGGACACCACCGAUCUGCUGCAGUCGCUCAAGUCACAGCUGAUACUGUGUCACAACUACCGCCAGCUGGAGCAGAUCUUCUUCGUCAUCGAUAAGCUGUUGUUCCGGCUGCGAACGCAGACGUUCCACAAGUACAUUCUAGUCGAGGGUAGCUGUCAGCGGUUCUUCGGGUGUAAGGACGACCUACGGCAAGGUGUCGGCCGCUCGUUCGGCAAUGACGACGACACUCCGACCAUUCUCUCCCGCACGAUCGAUGGCAACCGUGUCGGCGGCAACCCCGGCCAGUCGAUUAGAGGCUACACAACGGAUUGCGGUGAAUUGCGAUACAUUGGUGAGAGGAAGAGCGGAAUCUACACGAUAUACCCCGAAUACUCAGAGCUACCGUUUGAAGCGUUCUGUGAUAUGGAGACAGACGGCGGCGGAUGGACGAUCUUCCAGAAACGCUUCGAUGGUUCCGUCGACUUCUACCGGGGCUGGAGCGCCUACAAGUACGGAUUCGGUGAAUUGAAAGGCGAAUACUGGUUAGGAUUGAAGAAGCUGCAUGACCUUACACAUCAAGGUCCCGUGCAACUACGCAUCGAUUUGGAAGAUGCGGAAGGCAUCACCCGCCACGCCAUCUAUGAUGAUUUUAAAGUUACGUCAGAGGAAGAUGGUUACAGAAUUCUCGUCGGGAUGUACUCCGGAAAUGCCGGCGACUCUCUGAGCUUUCACAACCGUAUGCGAUUCUCAACGCCCGAUGUUGACAAUGACAUCCACACGGGGGCGCACUGUGCGCAAGUGAACGUGGGUGCGUGGUGGUACAGAGACUGCCAACAUGCCAACUUGAACGGACUUUAUCUCCUUGGUGCGAAUAGCUUCCAUCAAAAGGGCAUCACCUGGUAUCACUUCAGAGGCUACGACUACUCGCUGAAGCGAUCAGAGAUGAAGGUACGGCGAGUAGUGCAUGCGCUACAUGUGCAGAGAUAGCACCGGUGAUGGACCAUCGCCUAAUAAUCAGCAAAAUAUAUAGAUGAAUAAAUAAAGCGUAUAUUUAAAAUUUACUCUUUAAUUGUCUAUGGUGCCAUUUGCGUUCGUAGCAAGACAUCGCAUUCUGGUUACGCUAUUGUGUUAUAUUUUUAUUAUUGUGUCGUGUUGCAUCAAUGCUGUUUUUUGUUAUUCGGAGAUCGAUGGUCGGCUUGCAGAGAUAGCUAGAGGUCACCAUAAUGAUAUAGACAUCGUUCAGUUGUUCAUCGUGAUAUGUAAUGUUACAGUUGUGAUAAGGCUAUGAUAUAGCUAUCUUACUACGCGAGCAAAAUAGGUAAAAUAAUAAAAUACCUUGUUUUUUAAACGAAUGUUGGUCAUAUAUUUUGUAUAUCUGUAUAUACAUGGCAUAGUAACGCGUCCACGUGUUCUCUAACGGGAUGCAAUAUGUAAUAAUAAGACUUUAUUAAUAAAUAAUAAUUAUUUAUUAAUAAAUAUAUUGCUUUUCUUUGAACAGUUA